GCGGAGCGGAGCGGGGAGAGGAGCGGGGAGAGGAGCGGGGAGCGGCGCCGAUGGCGUUCAGCGCCUGGCAGAUCCUCUCGCCGGUGCAGUGGGCCCGGUGGACCUGGUCGGCGGUGCGGGGCGGGGGCAGCCCCGAGGAGGGGGACGGCGGGGCCGGUGCGGCCGAGGAGGAGGAGGAGGAGGAGGAGGAGGACCAGGACCCUCCGGCGGGGGGCCCGGCCCUCAGCUUCAGCUCGGACUCCACUGAUAAUUUUGAGACCCCUGAAGCAGAAACGCCGACCUGCUCGCCACUAAAGGAGUUCUGCGAGCCGCCGGGAUCAGCAGAGCCCGAGGUCGGGACCCCAGAGCCAGGUGACCAUGGUGACCUGCUGGUAGGGGAAGCCUGCCCGGACGGCUCUCCUGUGAAGCACCCCAAAGAUGAGGCUCAACCGGAGACCGGAGCCCCCAAAGCCAGCUCAGAUGCUGAAGGGGACACUGACCCCGACAACUCAUCCCUGACACAGCCUCUGGCCGGGCAGGGCUGCAGGGCCAACUCUGUGCCCACUGCAGAGCCAGCCCUGGUGCCCCAUGCGGGCACAGCCCCCGGGGAGUGGGUCAUGUCAGGAGGGGACGUGGCAGACGCUGGCACGGGGCUGGUGGAGCUGAGGGCUGAUGCCCUGGCCCAGGACCAGCUUGGGAAAGGGAAAACGCCUUCGCUGGGGAGGAAAACAGAAGGAGCCACAGAGGAGACCCCGAUGCCCCAAACAUCCUACCAACUUGAGCCUGAGCAGUGCGACAGGAGCGUGAGCCCCGCUGGGGCAGGGAACUGCCAGCUGCAGAGCUCUCCCCUAGCUGCCCCAUGCCAUCUCCCCCAUCCCAGAGAGCUGGGGGGGGACCCAGCCCCAGAGCCCACAGGGCAGGUCCCAAACCCUGAGGCUGGUUUUGCAGAGGUGGGAGAGAGCACAGAGGCCAGGAGAGCUUCACCCAGGAGGGGCAGCAGGAUCCCGGCCAGCAAACUGACACCAAAGAGACACCGAGAGUCCCCCAAGAAACCAGCUGAGGAUGCAGAGAGGGGUCCCACGGAGCCACCACCACCCCGGGACUCCCCCCAGCUGGGUCCUGGUCACAGCUCCCUCAGUGGCAGCUCAGCACUGCAAAACUUACCAGCUCUCCCCAAGGGCUCUUACCAGUUUGACCCCGAUAACUUUGACUCUGUGGAUCCAUUCAAGCCCACCAAGACACUGGCCAGCACUGCCCCCGACUCCUGCUCCGCUGCAGAUAACAGCCUCAAUGAAAUCCUCGAGUCUCAGACGCUGGAGGCGCAGGACGAUCCCCUGAAAGGCAGAGACUCCCCCAAGAAGCCCAAGUCACGCCUGAUAACGACUACUGAGCAAGUGAAAUUUCUCUGUUUUCUGUUGAGCGGCUGCAAGGUGAAGCAGUACGAGGCAAAGCCCCUGGUCCUGGAUGCCAGCACUCAGGAGGAAGGAGUGUUGAUCUCAGAAAUCCCAGACAUUGCAAAUAGGGAUGGACGUGCCACUGAUGAGGAGAAGCUGGCCUCCACCACCUCCGUGCAGAAACUGGCCGGGCUGGACAAGAAGGCUGAGCCAGAAGAUGACCUGGAGUACUUUGAGUGCUCGAAUGUCCCUGUGCCCGCAGCGAAGCAGAGACCAGAGGCAGGCUUUGAAAAGGAGAUCUGCAAGCAGAUGGAAAAGGACGGGCCUGGCAUCUUCCCUGACAAUCCCGGGCUGUGCCCCACGGACAAGUGCCCCGGCGUGAGCAGGAGCGAGGGUCCCCUGGACGGCAUCUGCCUCAGCGAGUCCGAGAAGACGGCCGUGCUCACGCUCAUCAGGGAGGAGAUAAUCACCAAGGAGAUCGAGGCCAACGAGUGGAAGAAGAAAUACGAGGAGAGCCGGCAGGAAGUGCUGGAGAUGAGGAAAAUCGUGGCUGAGUAUGAGAAGACCAUUGCCCAGAUGAUAGAGGAUGAGCAGAGGACCAACAUGACAUCUCAGAAGAAUCUGCAGCAGCUCACGAUGGAAAAGGACCAGGCUCUGGCAGACCUGAACUCGGUGGAGAGGUCCCUGUCGGAUCUGUUCAGGAGAUAUGAAAAUCUGAAGGGUGUCCUGGAAGGCUUUAAGAAGAAUGAAGAAGCUCUGAAGAAAUGUGCUCAAGAUUAUCUAACCCGGGUCAAGCAGGAAGAGCAGCGAUAUCAGGCCCUGAAAGUCCAUGCAGAAGAAAAAUUGGACAAAGCCAACGAGGAGAUCGCCCAGGUGCGCACGAAGGCCAAGGCGGAGAGCGCGGCGCUGCACGCGGGGCUGCGCAAGGAGCAGAUGAAGGUGGAGUCCCUGGAGAGAGCCCUCCAGCAGAAGAACCAGGAGAUCGAGGAGCUGACCAAGAUCUGUGACGAGCUGAUCGCGAAGCUGGGGAAGUCAGACUGAGCCUGCCGCCCUCGCCCAGCACUCUGCACUUGGCUGCUUUUCUCGUGACGUCGAGCACCUUGCCUUACCCCCAGGGCCCCCCACAGCGAAGAACACGCCUCCAGCUGCCCCCCUUGGCUGCUGGACCCGUGGCUCCCCAGCAGAGCUGCUCCCCUUGCUGUCCCUGUCUGCUUCCCACAGCUCCGGGACUGGGAUCCCUGGGUCAGGCUGGGAAUUCUGCGGUCACCCAGGCUCUGUGUGUCCCUCCCAGGGCCUGCUGUGCUGUCCCUCUGCACCAGUGCCACCUCUCAGCUGGGAGGUGACACCUCAGGCUCUGUCCCCCCUGGCUGGGCUGGGUCUGGUUGUGUCCCCACCACGCUCUGUUCACUUACUGUCCUCACGUGCUCAGCUGCACAGGUUCAGCCACGUGGUAGGUCCUGCCCUGGGAUGUGGGUGAUGCCAGGGCUGGCUCUUGCACUGGGAAAGGGGACCUGGCACACGUGUGGCCGGUCUCUGGUUUGUGGGUGAAGCACAGCACAGCCCGUCCCUGUCCCUGGCCGUGCCGGCCUCAGAGGAAGGGAGCCAACAUCUCUGCAUUCGUGCACUUUAUGAGCAUUUAUGGGCACUCACUCAGGCUUUCUGCUCGCUCCUUCCAGUCAGGCACAGCCCUGCUGCACGCCUCGAUCCCCCCAGAGCACCAAAACAGGCACGUGAGCAGCAGGAACUUCAGUCCUCUCGGUGGAGAGUCUGGGUGAGGGGAGGCAGGGGGCUGCUGCACCAAGGGGUGUUUGGAAACAGGGGAGAUGUUGGUUCUGGGGGCUGGGACUGCCUGUCCUCCCCUGGGUGACCCGGGGUUGGACGUGGGCAAAGCCAAGGCUGUUGCUGUUGGCUCCCUGUGCCGUGGCGAGGUCAGGGCUCUGCUUCAGAGGCUGUAGGAGGAAGGAAGCAAAGCCUGAGCUGCCCCACGGCUCUGCUGACUGAGAGCUUUUCCAGAAGGGCAGAAGGAGCUCAGUGCUGCCCUGGCUCCCACACUGCUGUCAAAACUGCCCUUACAGCACUGAAUAUUAAGAGGACCCAACAAAACCCAGCCUUUACAGGCACAGGCAGAUCCAGACACUAAAAUACCCUUUGAAAUCUGCCUGGAUGCAGCCCAAAAUCUGACUUUCUGUGCAGGCAGGCUGCCCACUGUGUUCCAGGGGUAUUUGCUUCUCUGAACACACCAAGCUCCAGCAGAGUUGCUGAGGUUGCCUGUGCACUGAGCUGGGAACUGGGGGACUCUGGGGUGACACAACGUGUUUAAAUCCCUUUGUAGAUCCCGUGUGUGCCCUCCUGGUAGUGCCAUUAUACGAGUCAGCCCUCCCUGGUGAGUUCUGGCACUGUUCCCACCGUGCAGUGCCGCGUUUCCCUGGCUGUGGUGCCCUGGGAGCAGCACUAGGUGCCCAGCCUCGGGCAGGGACUGGUGACCUGUGUGUGUGCCACGGAUCAGGGUGAGCUGUGGGUUGUGGGCACAGCCCCCCAGGGUCAGGGCAGACCCAUCCCCUCCUGCAGGAGGCAGAUUGAUGGGAUCGGGAAGUAGCUGUGGUUGUGGAUUCUCUGCCUUGAACGGGUAGUCCUGAAGUGUGAAAUAAGGGAAAUAUUUGCAGUUUGGACUGUUUCCUGCCCAGCCUGUUGAACACUUUCACAAACCUUUUUGCUGCUACGUUUUUGUAACAGAAUUGAGCUCUUUUCCUUCUAUUUUCUAAUUCCCUGUGUUGAGCAUGCAGAGCAAACACCUGUUUAAGCCAGAGCCAUACACUUGAUUAUAUUUUAUUAGUUAUAUAAUGUAUAGAGAGAGUUUAUUAUACACCUAAGCAAAGAUGCCAGCAGCCUGCCCCAGCAUGCAGCCUCCCAGCCUGUUCUCCAGGCUCCCAGUUAUUCCAGUGAUGGGCUGGUCACUGUGAGAUGGGAAGCCAGUGGCUGACACCCCUCAGAGCUGUGUACCUCUGGCUUGUGCUGGAUAUUCACCCUUUGCACAGUUGACAGGAAGAGCCUUUCUUUCCCUCUUUUUUCUUCCCCUCUGACUCCCCACGUGUCCCUCUCCCAGGCUGGUGGAGAAGCCUCAGUCCUACGAUCAACGAAGACUGUUUCUGUCCCACUUGUGGGAUCUGAUAAAGCCAACACCUGAGACCCAGGGGUUUCUUGGGCAGUUGGGUUUUUGUCUUUGCAGCUCUUGAGGAACCGGAGAGCAGUGUUGCACAACCUCUCAGAGCUGGUGGAAGGCUGGUUUGGGGCUGGUUCCUGGUGUGGCACACCAGCUGGCUGUUCUGCCCACAGCAGUUCCCAAGGUGCCAUGUGAGGCUGGGGGAGCCCCGGUGCAGGUCCCAGGCAGGGACUGCAGCUGCCCUCAGCCUCCUGCUCUGCUCAGGGCCGUGCUGCUCAUGUGCUGGCUUGGCUCCAGGUGUCACAGCCUGAGGUUGGUCUCUCCUCGGGGCGCUGCUCUGGCCCUCGGAGCCUGCAGGUAAUUGCAGAAGUUUGGGUUUCACCACUCAGCACUUCCCCAGAGCCCUGACCUGUGCAGGGCGCGGUCACUGCUGCAACCUUCCCCCCCGGGCUGCCUGCAGAGCAGGGCUCCACCGUGAUCCCCUGCAGGGCAGAGUCCUCCACCCUCCUGUCCCUGCUGCCCGGUGUCACCCGGUCCUGCUGCCUCCCUCCCCUGGUGCUGUCCGUCCCUGGGCCUGUCCACACACCCCAGCCUGGGCAAAGACGAUUCCUAAGGAAUGAUUUAUUAACUAUAAUAUGGUUACAGUUACAUAUGUAUAAAUACACACGUAAUGGGUACAGUUAUAUGAAACAGAAGGGGGGUGUUUGCAGGGCAGGACUGUUGUACCCCAUGUGCCGCGCUCCCAGGUGCCAAGACCAGCACGGGGAAGGGCUGGUCCCCACGCGUGGGGUCACAGCCUGGGUGUGUUUGUCGUGUGUUCCUCGCAGCAGAGUUUAAAUGCCCCUUUCUGGCAGUGACAGGCCCCGCCCGUGUUGCUCGUUGCUCGUGCAUUUGCCAGCAGAUCUGUCUGUAAUGAAGUGCCAACCCCCAGCCACCGAUGGCUUCCCCUGUCCCCCCCAGUGUGACCCCCCAGGCAGGAACUCCCUCUGCUCUGACCCCCACCCUGCUGCUUCGUGCCACCCGUGUAACUGCCAUCGCCAUCAGUUUUAUAUGUAUGAUAAUUUCCCUUUUAUAUGUCAGGUAAAUAUUUGUAAGAGUUAUACUCACACAAAUGAGAUUAUUAUAAUGAUUACUAAUAUAUUUUUUUUCCAUGUUUCAUUGCCUGAGUAAAAAUUGUGUUUAUCACCUCUUGAAA